GCUUCCAGCAGGGGGGAGGUUCUUCUGGGAACAGGCUGAGGUUACUGUUCCUCUUUCUCAACAACUUUAAAAUCAAGCUCAUUUCAUCGGGUCAUCUUGUAGGUGUUGCUUCUACUGUAAAUAUAAACAGUCUCAGGCAGGAUGUCUGUCUCCAUGACCAAGGCUGAUAGGGUCACAGUGUUCACUUUGACCUCUGACCUCAAAAGUCCUUACCCUCCAGUCUGUGAAAUCUUCAAGGGACUUUGCUACAACCCUGUGUGCUGCACUGUGUCUCAGCACCUAAGGAGAACGUCUCAGUCAUCACUGGGGACUCUACACAUUAUGAUUGGGUCACUCAACAUUGGCUUCGGGGUGAUUGUCGGUUUGAGCCGCGGUGACUUUUGGUGGGAACUGUUUCCUUUUUGGUUGCCAGCAACGUUUAUGAUAUUUGGCAUCACGUGUAUUGUGUCCGAGAAGUUCCCCAGUCCCUGUCUGGUCAUCGUCAAUGUGAUUCUGAAUCUGGCAGGAGUUGGUUUUGCCAUCGCAGCCAUCAUACUCUAUAGCAAUGUAGUCAAUAUAGGAGACAGAUGGUUGUCAUGGACGUGCAGUUUUGAAGAUUAUUGGAGGAUACCAACUCCAUAUCCUGAGGCAAAUCACAGAAACAACAGAUGUAUGGAGGGCGAAGCAAUGAUACAGAUGUUCAUGAGAAACAUCAAUGCUAUGCUGGUUGUCUUGUCAGUCCUGGAGCUCUGUGUCACCAUCAGCUCUGCUGUCUUGGGGAUCAAAGCUCUGAGGAGCAGUGAGAAGGAAGAGGACAAGAGCACUGAUGGCCCAGAGCUCCAUAAACCACUACUGGAGGAAAUCACCACCAAAUAACUCUAAAGCCUGAAUGAGGAGCAUCAGAUUCUAAGAAUUGUCAUCCUUUGCAUUCAACUCAUUGAAUGUAUGUACUGCAAUGUAAAAGAUUUACAUACACUGAGCGGGUACUAUCUCUGCCAAACUUCUGGCUCUUUUCCUACAAGGGCUGUUUUAAGUAUUUGCACUUGUACUGUGUUGCACUUUCAGUUUCUUUCUGUGUUGAUGUUUUUUUAACUGUUCCCAUUAAUUAUAAUUUUCUGUUUUUCUAUCAUGUAAUGUGCCUUACAGUCAGUGUGUUUGCAGGUGAGAAUGGUAAAAAUUCUCUUUUCUCAGAAAUGUCAAUCCAGCUGAUGUGAACAUCCUUUACUUUUACCUGUAAUAGAAUUAAUAUACUGCAUGUACAGUGUGUGCUGUUACUCCAGAGUGGCCCAAGUCUUACCAGUGGUGGGAAGUAACUUUUGCUCAAGUACUGUAUUUAAGUUCAUUUUUAAGUAUUUCUUUUGGAUGCAUUUUUCUACUUCUCUGCAUUACAGAGGACAGUGUUGUACUUUUUACUUGUCUGACAGCUACAGUUUGCUCAGAAAAUCUCCCUCAGUUUGUGGCCACAAAAUAGAAAUGGGUAAAUUCUAAUUAAAAAAAAAGUUUACAGAAA